AUGUAUUCGGUUCUAGGAAGCGGAUUAAAUCGAUUGGGUAUGGGAAAUGCCAAAGUCCUUCCUUCCUUUUUCCGCUGUGUGAAGAAUGUUCGAAUGUACACUUCAGAAAGGGAACUUCCAAAGACGCCGACAUUGAAUUGGCCUACAUUCCUCAAACUAAGAAAAAGUCGACGUCGCUUUGAAACUUUUACUUCCAUUCCUACAGCUGCGCUUGGCCUUGGAGUGGGGUCCUCAUAUUUUAUGACGCGCGCCGUUGAUCCUACUGUAACAAUGAUGGGAUUGGAUAUGUUUACGAUUUAUGUCUUAGCUACGAUCGCUUCUGGUGCUCUUGGCUGGUUGAUAGGACCUUCUAUAGGACGACAGGUUUGGACAUUGAUCAAUCGGAAACAAGCAGAUCAGAUUGCAUGCCGUGAAGAGGAAUUCUACAAGCACUUGAAGAAGAAUCGUGUAAUUCCUUCAAUGGAAAGCUAUUCCAACCCUAUCCCAGAUUAUUAUGGAGAAAAGAUUUUCUCGUUGUCGGAUUAUCGCCGUUGGCUUCGUGACCAGAAAGCAUACAUCCAACGUUCCUUCUUGCGCACUACUCCACGAAAGUAA